CGACGCUCUCUGCAGGACUUCUCCGCUCGACGAUCCAGUGACUCUAAAUCUGCAGCAGCAAUGGGCACGCGGCCCGUGAGCGAAGAUGGCGGCGGCGGCGUCAGUAAGGCCCGCAACCAGGCCUCCAGCUCCAGCUCUUCUAACCCCAGUAGCAGCGGAAGCGCCUCCAAACCCGCCCCGGCCCCCGUGUCCAACAGCUCGCCCGUCCAUCUGCAGCGUCUAGGGAGCAAUCAGAACGACCCGCGUCCUCCAAGCAGCAGCAAGUCCGCUGGUGCGCUGCAGCGCAGGCCUGACAGCGAGACAAACUUCCAUACGUCCUCGUCUGUGAGUACGGGACGCGUCGCUAGUGCGCGUGUGGGCGGUCGUCGACGCGCCGAGACGGACAACCACACGCGCUCAUCGCUGCCUCCGACACUCUCGAGUGACGUGGUACUGGACCGUCGACUGCUGCACAAGUACGAACAGGUGAACCAGGAGAUCGAGCGCAUCGUGCGCGCGUCACAGAUGGACCAGCAGCUCGGCGGCGUUGGCGACGCUGCUAGCGUUAAGAACGAGUUGCGUCAAGCCAAGAAGAGCUCGGCCCAGAUGAUCCACGCGCAGAAGGAGCUGCUGGACAAGAUGGAGAAGCAGGAACGUGGCGGGUUCCGUCGCGUCUUCACCAUCAAUAAAGCUGCCAAGAUGGCCAAGUUGCGCACCAAACUCUGCGAGAAACUCAGCGAGUCGGUCUUAGUGGACGAAGAGCUACUGCGACUUGAGAGACAGAGCACUGCCAUGUCCGCCACGACGCUGGGGACGAUCACGCGGAACGGUACGGCAGUCGUUAACGUCAGUAACGUACACGGAGUAGCAGGCAACUUUGCCAAUACCGGUACCAGCGUUGUCAGUAUGAGUGCGACUGGACUAAGCGGCUUAGAGGAAGCUCGCGACGUCAGCGGCAGUGAGAGCAGUGGCCCCGUGCCGACGAUGAGGCUGAGUUCGGGCUGGGAAGACGCGCAGGAAGAGCUGCUGAUGCUCGAGCGAGAAAAGGAAGAUAUCCUUAAUAACCUGUUCCAGACUGUAGACAUGCCUGCCGUCCUGGACUUGCACGCGCGUAUUGCGAGUUUUUCCAGCGAGAUCAAGGCUGUGGCAAGUGUCAAGAAGCAGGCGGACCGUGUCGAGGAAAUGUACCGUAAGGCUCUACAUUUAUUACGUGUGGCGCUAGCUGCAGUCGUGUCACCGAACUACUCUGGUAGCAUUCGUGAGUUCGCUUUCAACUCGUAUCCUUUGGCCGUGGAGGCCGGACAUCUGAUUGAGCAAACCUGUCACGCGAUUCAGCCAGAAGCACGACGUAAAUACGAGGCUUUUGCCUCGGAGUUGACUCAUGUACGCCCACCCAAGUUUCCUCAGCCUGUGUCGGACUUUGCUCGCCGCUCACGGACACAUUACGACCCGCACAGCGCGCUCUCGAUCGAAGGGAUGCGCAACCUGCACGCGGCUGAAAAUGUCCUCAUUUUGAUGCAACGACUGGUUAUCCAGAAGCUCGAGGGCAUCGAGAAGUGGCAGGCGAAGCUUACGAAGGACCAGGAGGCCGCUGAAAGCUCCCACGCGCAGAUGGAGACCAAACUGCAGGAGCAAGUGGCUGUGCUCGCGCGUUCCGUGUCGGUCUGA